CAUCCGUUAACCCCCACCUCCACCACAUUAACUUCCGACACGGGGUAAGACCCCUCUAAAUGGACAACAAAAUUGUUUCUGGACAGUUUCGGAUGGACAUAACGCCUAUCAACCUCAUACGGUAACUGGGUCCUGGACGAACAGAUGGUGCACGUUCGACGUACACUUGUAUUCUGAUUAUCCAAGAAACGUUGGAGUGGGCAGCCGGAGAAUCUGGAGCCAGGUCUUCCCACACAAAAAACGAGUAUUCACGCACUGGAUGCAAAUUCACCAGACAUGACGACUCUGCAACCCAUCACCGAUGCCGAACUUGAAACGCUCAAAGGUCGAACGAUUCUGAUCACCGGCGGUGCUUCCGGUAUCGGACGAGCCCUUGCCGUUCUAGCACAUGGUGCUGGUGCGAACGUUGGAGUGGUAGAUGUGGACAAGGAAGCCGGACAGCUCCUGGCUGCCGAACUGAAGAACCGAGUGUGUUUUACCGUCGCGGAUGUGUCGAACUGGGAUUCGCUCCUGGCCGCGUUCGAAACUAUCUACAAGGCGUUUGGAUCUCUCGAUGUGGUGUAUGCAAACGCUGGGAUUAAUUCUUUCGACAAUCUUCUCGACGAGGAAUUGGAUGAGGCGGGCCGGCUUAAAGCCCCCAUGAUGAAAAACAUCGAAAUCAAUCUUCACGGGCCACUCUUGACGACGAAAGCGGCGGUGCACUUUUUCCAGAAACAGGGUGGACAGAGAAAAUGCCAACUGGUGAUUACAGGAUCUGCCGCAAGCCUUAUCGAUUGUCCGCCUCUGUACAUGUAUUGUUCUGCCAAAGCUGGUGCUUUGGGUCUGAUGCGAGGGUUGAGAACAAAGCUUCCAGAGAAAGGCAUCACCGUCAACUUGAUCGCACCGUGGAUGACUGUGUCGCCUAUGCUUCCACAAUGGAUCAGAGAUCUCUGGGGAGAUCUUCCCGCCAACAAGCCCGAGGGAGUUGCGAGAGCGCUGCUGAUUCCUGCCGUGAGACACGAUCUGAACGGGCGUACUCUCUGGGUUGCUGGAAAUGACGCCAUUGAACUGGAACAGGGCCUUCAUGACACGCAGCCUCAAUGGAUCGGACAAGAACUUUCGAAUGCAGUUGAUGAAGGACAGAAAAGGAUGGGAAUUCCUCUACUAUUCUAGGUAGCGAGGGCCGAUCUCGUGCAUUGCACACAUUCCAGUGAUUGGUCUGAACCAUCCGCGAUUUACAUGCAUCCAUCUCUGCCUCUAGUAGCUACAAACUCAAUCCUUGCCACUCUUAGAG